AUGUGGUUUGGAAGAAAUAAAAUUAAACCUAAGAACAAUACCUUUAUCAGGCAAUGGAUGACAAAAUAUUCGGAGAAAUCACCGCGCUUGAAGGUUAUAUCACAAUAUUUAAAAUUGUAUUAUGAAUAUUCCACUAUAAACAGUUUGAAAUACUUAGCUGAUUCUCGCAGACCUUGGUUUGAAAGUUUUAAGGCAAAUAUCACGAACCAGACAGUCGAUGAAAUUCUCAACUUGUUAAUGCAGUUGGGCAAUCUCUACCUUUUUAAUUUUAACUUGGAUGAUAAUUAUGAUGUGGAAUUAGAUAAACUUUUAACAACUUAUUAUAACGGAUCUUAUGAUGUCACUGAAAUAAUGAAAGCUUUGACUCCGCAAUGUUCGAUAAUGUUAUUGAUGUGUAAGCUGCAUGGAAUCUACGAAAAUUGCUCGACACUUUUUAAGUUUCGCAAAACGCAGGACGGAUACUGUUGCACCUUUAAUUACAUACGUGAAAGCGAUGACAUUCUCGAAAUGAACAAUGUUGAGAUGAUUGAGCCGCAAAAAGUGUCGGAUCUCGGAAUAGAACGCGGUUUAACGGUUUUAAUGAAUCCACUUUUGGACGACUGUUUCUAUUCAAUAUUGCCCAUUAAGGGUUGGAAGGUGAUUGUAUUCAAUCCUACCGAUUAUCCAGAUAAGACCAGUGGUGGUGUUACAGAGGUACUCGCAAUGCCUCUUUCCGAGACCUUUCUAGACAUGGUUGCAACACUUUUCGUCAGUACCGCAUUCAUCAAGAAUUUCCCUAGGAAUAAACGUAAUUGUGUUUUCUCAGAUGAGGGAAAAUUAAUAUCUGGUAAUACGAUGUAUACUUACAGUGAUUGUAUCGUCGAUUGUAAGGUUUAUUACAUACAGAAGCACUGUGGAUGCAGACCAUUCUUUUAUCCACGUCGCGGCAAGAAAGAUUAUUCAUCGCGUAUUUGUAAUAGCUUGGACAACCGAUGCCUAAUUAGGCAUAAAGCUAACUGGUCAGCAAUUCUCCCUCACGAGGAAGAACAUACCAAUUUUGAAAAAGAAGAAAGAGCUUUACAUUGUUACAAUUGUUAUGCUUCCUGCAACGAUGACUUUGAUUACGAUGUAUUAAGUUGGAAGACUCAUAUGACUCCUGGUAUAUUUAAUACUAAUUUCUUACUAAAUUAUAAUGUUACUAAUGAAGGAAUAGUACAUAUAUACUUUUCAAAAUACGAGACAAUCAGAUUGAUACAAGACACGUCUUUUUACUGGUAUGAUCUCGUAAGUGAUAUUGGCGGUAUAUGUGGCGUCUUCAUUGGUUUUAGUUUCAUCAGUAUAGUGGAGCUUCUGUACUUCUUUAUGCUCAUGUUUAGCGAUUUUCUCUGUAAAAAAUCGGCCUUGCAAGAAGAUAAAGAUCGCAAAACUAAAAUUCCAUCAGUUCAAACUCAAACCACAGGGGCAAUAUAUUGGAACGAAUUGCAACCGCGAUCCUGGCAUUCGGCGAAAUACGGCAAAUUUUCUAUUAACAGAGCCAGAUAUUGA